UACGAAGGAGACACAGAGAAUUGCUUCCCGCAUGGCAGGGGUAAAAUUCAGUACCCGUCGGGAGACGUGUAUGAAGGUGGAUUUCAAGAAGGGCAAUACCAUGGACAGGGGAAGCUCACGCACCUGUCAGGUGCUGAGUAUGACGGCGGGUGGAAGGAGGGAAAAUACCAUGGACGGGGAUCACUCAAAAUUGCCGAUAAACUUUCCUACACCGGAGACUUUAUGCAUGGCCGGCGAGAGGGAUACGGAGUGGAACGCCUGCCAGGUGGCGAACAAUAUACAGGAGAAUAUUCAAACAACAAGUGGCAUGGCGAGGGCGUAAUGCAAGAAGCCAAUGGCACAUUUUACUCGGGGUCUUGGCGGGAGGGGGUGCGUAGUGGCAAGGGCACUGGGAAGUCACCUGAAUUUGGCACCUACAUUGGGGACUGGCUUUGUGGAAAGAUGCACGGCUCAGGAGAAUUCCACUUCACGGACGGCAGCAUUUAUAAAGGAAGCUUUCAGAAUGGUCAGGAGCAUGGGUACGGCGUAUGUACUUACCCCGCAGGCGCAUAUGAGACGGUCUUCAUGUACGUUGGCGAAUGGCGAGAC